UUCUUUCCCAAUCCUAACUCUUUUAUCUACGACGUUCGCUUCACAAUUCGUAAAAACAUUUAAAUUUCUGGCUGAAAAAAUAGUUUAACAACUUCUUUAGCUGUAUUCAACUAAAACAAUACGUAAAGGAAAACAAUAUCCAAAAUGCCCAGCAUUAAACUGCAGUCCUCGGACGAGGAAAUAUUUGAUACCGACAUCCAGAUCGCAAAGUGCUCAGGAACUAUCAAGACAAUGCUUGAGGAUUGCGGAAUGGAAGAUGACGAGAAUGCCAUUGUCCCUCUGCCGAAUGUGAAUUCCACCAUUUUGCGUAAGGUAUUGACCUGGGCCCACUACCAUAAGGACGAUCCCCAGCCAACUGAAGAUGACGAGAGCAAGGAGAAGCGCACCGACGACAUCAUCUCGUGGGACGCCGAUUUCCUUAAGGUAGACCAGGGCACACUCUUCGAGCUAAUCCUGGCCGCCAAUUAUCUGGAUAUAAAGGGUUUGCUCGAACUGACUUGCAAGACCGUGGCAAAUAUGAUUAAGGGCAAGACCCCAGAGGAGAUACGUAAGACUUUCAACAUCAAGAAGGACUUCACUCCCGCCGAGGAGGAGCAGGUGCGCAAGGAGAACGAGUGGUGCGAGGAGAAGUGAGAUGAGCUAACAAGGAAGCGGUGGGCCAUCAGGCCGUCCUCAGCUGCCGGCUGAUAACUCAAUAAUUUAAUAAUUUUAAUUAAUUCGAUGUAGAAAACCUGUUCAGUGGUUACUUUGUCAUUCACAAAUUAAAAAAAAAUAUGCGUAA